CAUCCCUGCUGGAAGAACACAGUGGUUAUUGCUAUCGCCUAUAGCAGCUGGCAUGAGCAAAGUCCCUUUAGUAGUAGUUUGGGGCGGACUGAAAACUCAUGGGGCCCCCAGGCAAUAGGGGAUCAUGGGGCCCCGUGUCCUUGCCCAUACUCAAAAAAGCCUAUGAAAAAAGGUACCGGGGCAUCUCAUGGGGCCCCCUUCUGACCCCGGGCCCUCAGGCAGUGCCUGAGUUUCCAAAUGGUCAGUCCACCCCUGGUAGUAGUAGU